AUGCCCAUUCUGAGCUUCGAGAUCUCCAUCUACUCUACACGUCAAAGUCACCAAAAACUCCAUCGAUUGUACACCUUAAAGCCACAAGGAACUCUGCCAAUCCAACACAUUCAAGUCAGGAUGCCCACCACCACCUACAACUUCACUAUCGGCCCCUCCAGUGGCUCCAGCGGCGGCUUCACGGGCCGCUGUAACUACUGCUGGUGUUUUCUCCGGGGUGAGCGAAAGAAGAAGAGGAUAGAGAAGGAGGAGGAAAAGAAGGAUGAAGAGGAUACUGCUACUCAGCAACAGCAACAGCAACAGCAACAUCAGCAACAGAUAAAGCAGCAGCUGGCUGAUCUUAAGGCCAGGAUGGAUAAGAUCGAGGCACGUCUCCCAGCCCCUGCCCCCAAGGAAUAA